AUGCUCGCCCUACCCAUCCUCCUCUCGGCGCUCUUCGCGACCACCGCCCUCGCCAGAGAGCUCACCCGCUGCGACACCCCCUCGCCACCCACCGACACCAAUCUCCAACACCUCCACAACUCCUACCUCGCCACCAACACCACCGACAGCCAAUAUCCCCUCACGAUCAAAACCCACAUCCACCUAAUCACAACGACCGCGACCAAAAACGACUACCCACCCUCCCUGCUCACCGCCCAAAUGGCCGUCCUAAACGAAAAGUACGCCCCCUCUCACAUCGUCUUCACCACAGAAUCCAUCGACCACACCGUCAACGACGACUGGGCGACCUGCGAGCACGGACCCUGCGAGAUGGUGUACAAGCAAGCUCUGCGCAAGGGCGGGUACGCGGAUUUGAAUUUGUAUUUUCUGAGUGAUUUGGCGAAUGGGUCGCUGUAUGGGACGACGUAUCUGCCGGGGGAUGCGGGGAAUGAGACGUUGAGGGUGCUGGAUGGGAGUGUGGUUGUCGCGGGGAGUAUGCUGGGGGGUGACGAGGAGUACAAUCUUGGCUAUACAGCCGUGCACGAAGUCGGGCAUUGGUUCGGCCUCCUACACACAUUCGGUGAUGGCUCCUGCGACGGGCCCGGCGACUACAUCCCAGACACGCCUCAACAGCAAACGGCAACAUCAGGUUGCCCAGAGAUGUCCGACUCAUGCCCGGAUCUGCCUGGACUCGACCCGAUUCAUAAUUUCAUGGACUACAGCUCUGAUGCGUGUAUGAUCGAGUUCACGAAAUUCCAGGCGAUCAGGAUGCGGGUGUUGUAUGAGAUGUUGCGUCUUGGGAGGUGA